AUGUGGCCCAAUGCCCAAUUCGACGUCAACGACAGGUUCAUCAAUCAAUUCGCCAACAUCAAGUUGAUGCCUAAUCAGGUUGGUGACAAGUCCGAUACCUUCACGACUCGGACUCUCGUGCAUCAGGCGCACCCUGUCUACAACCGUCUGUGGAAGGAGGCACUCGACAAGUUGUUGACCAUCAGGGACCCUCAAGAGAGUGGCAGUGGCAAUGGAGGUGGUGGCGGUGGUGGUGGUGGCAACAACAACAACAACAACAACCAAAACAACAACAUCAACAACAAACAGUCAAUCACUAUUGAUGACGAAGGAUCGAUUGAGAAGUUCGCUCAGCAGUUGGUCAAGUUGAACUUGAUCAAUAGCUACAAGGGAUCUAAUCCGAACAAGACUUUUCAUCAGCACUUUGCAGAGACUCGCGGACAUGGCGCAUCAAAGAGCAUUGGUGGCGUGGCUGUCACUGCUGGACUGUUCACAGGCUGGGCUGACAACAUGGCCUUUGUCACACGGCCCUCUCACGUCAUCCUCGCGCCCGAUCACAUCAAGAUUCGUCCAAUCGCAGACUCGGUAUCGGCCGACGAGUUCCAUCAGAUACUCACCGAGCUGAUCGAUGGUGUCUACUACCACGACACCAUGCCCUUCUUCUCGUUGCACUUCAACAAUGAUGGUACGAUGUUCCCAGUCAUACACCCGGCCUACGCCAACACCUUGGUGGGCCACGUCAUCCUCAUACUGGACUACUACAUGAAGGGCUUCCUCAAUGGUGGCUUCAUGCUCGAGGAGAAUGUCGAUGAGUGGGAUCGGGAUGAUGGCCUUCAACGUACACUCCAGGAAGAAGUGCUCCGCGCGUUCAUGGUGGACAUCAAGCGAGAGUUGAAUGUUGGUCAGUGGACCGAUCUCAAAGACCGCGUACACUAUCGAUCACUCAGAGAACGUGCUUUUGAGAUGGGCAUCGAGGGCCAAGCUGCGAUCGACAAGCUUGAGGGCCAGAUGAGACAGGCCGAGGGCACAGCCAAUGGUGAAGCCGUACAAGUGUUGCGCAAGGUAUACAACAAGAUCAAAGAGGAGAAGGGUCUGUUGUAUCAGACGUCGUUCCGUAUCCUAGCCGAGGAGAAGUCGGCGCAGUGUGUCGACGGCGUUUGGCUGAUGGAUGGCGACUUCAAGGUGGCCUACACGAUGGAGCCCACGCCCAUCUACCAACAGUUCCUCACCGCGUACGCAGCCGUGUUUGGUGGUAUGCCACACGGCUUUAAUGUCCAGAACGAGCUGUACUCUGAAGCUGCCAAUGCUAUCCACGUACAGUUACCCCAGCUUCAGCCCUGUCGCAAGUACUUCUCGAUGCUCAGUCUGAUCUCAUUCCUCUCGUCCUAUCUCCACACACUCAAGGCCAAUGGACAGAUACCCGACCUGUCCAAGGUAUUGUGGAAGGCCGUGGGCAAGCGCACUCCUGGUCUGCUGCCACCUCUCCCCGUUCGUUCCUACCAGGAGAAGACAGUCACAUUGAUUGUUAAGUCUGUUUCCAAGGAGAUCGCCGCCGACAAUCAAUCAUUGAUGACUUUGACAGAGUACUUCAAACGUUCAUUCUUUGGCGAUGGUGAUGGAGAUGUUGCGGCCAUGUCAACAGUCGUGUCAACUAUCAUCAAUAGGUUACUCAACGAACAAUUGAACAAUCUGGAUAUUGACGCUCGCCAACUCAUUGACCUGGCACCAUACGUCAGAGAACUGACCAAGAAGUUUAUGAUGAUAUUGGCAACAGAGAGUAGAAUCUUUAGCAACAUAUACAUGGGUCAUAUCUUGGCCCGCAUCCAUCCAUUCCUCAAGCAAUUGGAGGAGCUCAAUCCCAACCAUCAGCACUCAGCGCCCUUGCCCAAGUCAAGCGAGUUCAAUCCUGACAUCAAUAAGUUUUUACCAUCACUCGAGUUGAGUAAGAGGUUGGACCCUCAUCCAGUUGUUGGCAUGUUCAUUGAGGAGAUGAGGAAGGCUGGUCUUGGAUUGGAUGAUACAAUUAGUUCAAUGAUGAAGGUCUUUGACUCAAUAAUGGAUAUCCACAAGUCAGGGUCGUGUUCGGGAUGCAUGGCCGACCCCACCAAACACACUGUUUCGGUGUUCGACCUUGCCUCAGUCUGCCGCGCCAAUGCCAAGCUCGAACCAAAUUGUGCAGAGUUCUUGGAGAUGCACAUGGACAAGGAUGAGUUGACGAUCGAAGAACUGUUCGAUGACUUCUACAGCAUAUUUUCGAGCGAGAGGUGUGAUCGAGUGGAAGCACAGUUCAAGUAUGAUAUGCUUCUUGCCGACGGUACAUUUAAGUUGUGCACCAAGCCCGAUGAUCUACUGGAAGCUCUGGAUGGAGAUGACACAGACCUGUUCUCAACAAUUGGUGGUGAAGUGGACUCAAUCCAGCAACGACUUCACUUGGCCGAUACGGCCUCGAAGAAGAAGGGUGCGAGUCCUCAUUCUCCAGCUUUGGACACUCAAUCGCCCCCACCUCCACCACCACUUGGCAACAUCUAUGCAUCAAAGUUUGACAUUGCCAAUCAGGAGUACCUUGACUCUGGCGUCGAUAAGCAUAGAGUGUGGGGUGGAUGCGGACUCACAUUUACUCAACAGAAGGUGACCUCAUUCAAGUCACUCAACCAAGAGCAAUGCCAAGAGUUGGCAACAUUUGUCAACGAGACUACUAUGGAUCACCAACACAUCUGGACUCAAAUCGACCACGCUCUCUUGUCCAAGGUGUCGCCCGGUUCAGUCCGAAUGAACGCCAUCACACUCGACAUUGUGCCAUGGGAUGGGCCCGAGACAGUGAUCGACAUGGGUGACGACGAUCUAGUCGAUGACAAAUAUAGAGACAUGGUCCUACCCUCUGAUCCUGUGGCUUUCCGACUCUGGGUCAUGUCGCCAGACUUUGACCGCAAGGUGUCAGAGUUAUAUCAUCUCAAACAAUGCUGCAAGAACCCUGAACUGCUCACUCAUUUAGACGAGGCCGGCAACACAUUCAUGCACAUAGCAGCGACAAGGGGUCAUCACCAGGCAUUGGCAUUGAUGGUCGAGGCGACCAAGUCCACUCACAUUGACGCCCGCAACCAGAGCGGAUUGACGGCGUUGGCAUGCGCUGUCCUCAAGAACAAUCUGGAGUGUGUGCAGGUACUCCUGAGACAUGGCGCCAACGCACAGCUUCAGGACAAUGACAAGAUAUUCCCCCUGUACUCCGCCAUUCUCGAAGGACACGAACAUAUUGCCAUCAAGCUCAUCAACUCAAUCCAAACAAACCAAGUAGACACCCACCUACAACUAAAUGAUGAGAACACAUGUCUACAUGUCGCGCUGGAGACUGACCAAGAGGAGAUCGCAUUCCUUCUUGCUCAUAAUGACGCGUCGUUGUCCAUCGCGAGGAAAUCAGAUGGUUACUCUCCAAUUGAAGUGGCGGCAUCACUCAAUCAAACAUCAUUCCUAAAGAGAUUGUUUGAUUCAGGACUGCUGGCCGAGCACAUUGAUCGUCUGCUGCCAUCACAGGGCACAGCACUACAUGUUGCAGUCGAGUAUCGAUCAUACAAUGUUGUGGACUUGCUCAUUGAUGUUGGAUACUCAUGUGGUAUACAACAACUCAAUGGGUCCACGCCCCUCAUCUUGGCAUUGGAGACAUCACAACCAGAGUUGGCCAGACUCAUACUCGACAAGUGUGGGCACACGGCCAACACUCGUCUGGAUGGCAAUGACAAUGAUAUCGUCAGUCAAAGUGUACAGUCAUCCCGCCACAAGACCUUUGUCAACUCGAAGGGCUCAACCGCCACCAUGCUGGCAGUAUCCCGCGGAUACACGGACAUUGCUCAUAGAUUGAUUGCACUCGGCCAAGAGAGUUGGGAUCACAAAGACAAGGAGGGCAUGUCGCUGCUGGACCUCAUCAUACUCCAUUGUCACACCACUCUCCUCGAGCUGGUUGGUUGCACUGUGGAGCCACACAUCAUGCUUCCAAACACAUUCUACUCAUACUUUGCGUGGGCUUUGUUGCAGAAGGAUCAUCAGAUGAUCGAUUACCUUACAAAGAGAAUGAGACCGUACUCAAUCGAUGAGUAUAUCGAGGCAGGGGUCAAGGCCAACCAUGUGGGCAUCUUGUCCAAAUGGAUGGAGUCGAUACCCCCACCAGAUCUCCACUGGCCUCGCUUCAAUACCAUCUUGCCCAACGAGUUAGUUAGUCGCACGUUGACCAUUCUGGAGCUGGCCGCCUACAAUGGCAGUGUUGAAUGCUUGGACUUGAUGAUCCAUCAUCUGAUCAGCGCACCAAUCAAUCAAUCAGUACCAUACGUUGUUCAACCAGAGAAUGGCACAUACUUGUUGUACUACGCUUUGCUAAGUCGCUCGCCUCGAAUGAUCAAUGCCAUUUCCACAACAUGGUGUGCUGGCGAUCUCAACCGAGCAUUGGACCCCUUUGGCAACACGACACUCAUUGUCAUCCUGGCCACUGGGCAACACACACUGCUACCUCAGCUCCAGAGUCAUGGUCUGCAACUGGUCCCCGCACUCAACUUAAAGUCACCAUUGUCUUUCCUCGACGCUGCCAUCAUGAUGGACAAUGUCAAAUCGAUUCGUGCCUAUGCCACUGCGCUCAAUCAUGUACUUGAUCAAUCACGUGUCACGCCCAACGACAAUGUCAAGGAGACCAAGCAUCAGACCUUACGCCAGACAUUGUACCUCCACAUCUACCGCAUGGCGUUGCAGCACGAUGCUCGCAGAAUAUUGGCCAAAAAGGUGUUGGUCGAGGAGAUGACGCUGGCACUCAACGCAUUGCGCCCGCAGAUUGGCCAGCCUAACCAUCCUUUGCUGGUGUUACCUCCAUCGUCAUUGUUGAUCGAAGCUGUGCAGUCCAACAACAUGGUGAUGGCACGUCAUCUCAGCCAAUGGCCCUUCACCGUGGACCAUUUUGCAUUGGCAGCAUUCACAGCCAUCAACACUGAUAAUGAACAAAUGUUGGACAUAUUCAUCAAGCAUGUUGACCUUGACCCUGUUCAAACAUAUUCACUCGUGUCAUUGUCAUCAAAGAACAUUCCAUCAGACGCCUCAAUAUAUGGAUAUUGUUCAUUCAUGGAGGCAUCCCGUUGUUGGACACUUUUGUCCAAGGUUGAUGGCCAAUCGCCGCCAGAACACCUUCAUGUACCUAUACCCCAGUUCCAGACGAUCAGUCCAAAGCUGAUCAAAUCAUUGGGCAAGGCAUUCACGAUGAAGGAUGAUUCAAAGGCACUCCAAAUUCUCACUACCAUGGCGGUGGAACAUAAUCUCGAUCAGAUCAGAUUCCCAUUGGACCACGAGGGCACAGCGCCAUCACUGCCACUGCUACAUCAUGCACUCUCCCAUCACUGUGGCAGGACAUUUAAAUACCUCGUGAGCAAAGGAUGUAGUCCUCUGGACAAUGGACUCAUCUUCCUCUUGUGUAGUGGUGUAGGCAGCAUCAUUGCCAAGUUAUCAAUACUCUACGACAGCCUGGAUCAGGACACACUCACUCACAUGUUCAAUCAAAAGGCGCCCUUGUCAUGUCUCGGCCACAUCGUCAAUGUUGAUGAUGACGCAACUACCGGGACACUGUCCAGAAUGACCUUUUGGGAGUUGUUGCUGCCAUACCUGCCACCAGCAAAGCUUCAAGGAUUGUUCAAGGAAUUCAAGGACCAGCCCAACCGACUCAAGCCCCUGGAGUGCCUCGCAAACUCAUUCGGAUAUGACUUGGGCGGUAACACAGCGGACGACGAGUUCUUUGCACGCCCCUCUGAAUCAAUGGACAUCUUGAUGUUGCACAGUGCCAGCAGUCGAUCAUCAUCAACGUGGGUCGCACACUGGCUCAACCCUUCCAGUCGCUACUACAAGAGGUUCGCACAGUGGGUUGAUAGUGUUGACGAGUAUCUCGGUACGCCACUCAUGAGUGCCGCGGCCUCCGGCAACAUCUCAGCCGUCAAAGCAUUGUUGUACAGUCGCGCUGAUGCCACCCGGCUCAACAUCAACGGCGCAUCAGCGUUGUACUACGCAUUCGACAGGACCAACGAGCGACCAAGGGAGAUCAUCGAUGCCCUGUUGCCAUACUCGCGAGCAAUAAUAUCAACUCCCACCAACAAGGGUAUCUACAUCCUCGAUCGCAUUGUUUGUAGUCCAAGCCUGCAUCAAUACGUCCACAACCUGCUCCAGUUAGGCGGUCAACAGGAUGCUGCCCAAUCAAUCAAAUGGGCAUGUAAUGGAGACAACACCACCAACCUCAUGUCAAUGAUCACACAUCGAAGGUUGAUUGAACCGAUCUUCAAGGGACCCAAGGACUCGGACUCGGACACGUCACCAGUGCAUCAACUUAGGAGUACAAAGAAGAUCAAGACUAUCUAUUUGGAGAACCUAUCGUCAACGAUCAGUCUUCCUGUGCUCGCCAAUGCUAGUCGUGGCACCAUGAUCAAGGUGAUUGAUGAGAUUGGAAUGGCUGAGGAACCAGGCAGCACCGUCACCCCACUGGAGAACGCGAUCAAAUGUAACAGGAUCGGACUGAUCGACUUGCUUACUUCGUUCGUCCAUUCUCCAAUCGAUAGCUUGUGGCAGACUGUUGUGAAGGCUGAUGACCCAAGUAUGAUUGGCGCCCUGGAGAGCGCCCACGACCUACUGACCGUCGACCCAGCCAGCACAAUGAACGCAUUGCACAUUGCCGCACAGUUCAACUGUCAUCGAAUCACUGGAUUGUUGGUGGACAUUGGUGUGAACCUUGGACUCGCCAGACAAGUCGAUCAAUUCACGCCAAUCCAGUUGGCCGCAUCACUUGGUAAUACCAAGUUCAUCAUCACGCUGCUGCGUAUCAUUCAUUACAAUGACAACCCUGAAGAGAGCUACUCUUCGCUGCUCGGACAUAAUGAGCGGUCGGCUGGCGGUCGCUCUGCCCUGCAGCUGGCACUUCACGGAGGACACAUCCCAACUUCAUUAUGUCUGAUGCAAGUGUAUCCCAAGUGCGUGAUCAGUGGACAGUAUGCACUCGAGCUCAUCACAUCAUUCAUCAAUAGCAACACCAAGUUGCCAUGGUCGACCGUCGAGUACUUGUGCAAGUUGUUGAUAAUCUUUGGUGAUCGAUCAAUCAAACCAGACCUCCUCGCACACAAGCAUCCAGAGUUGAAGGUGUUCAUGGAUAUGUUGGGCAAGACUAGGAUAAUGGACCCACGAGUGCAAGGUCAUAGCAUGGACGCGGUGGCCAAGCUUCUCGGUUUCACUCGCAUCAAGAGUGUUGACAUUAUCAACAUUCGAUGGAUGAAUGUCCAUUCAACAAAGAACGAUCAAUCAACAUUUACAGGACCACUUGAGCUGAUCACUUCUCGAUCACAAACAUUCGAUAUCGCUCGCGUCAAUGACAAUGACGUACGAUCAUUCUGGAGACUGUGUCUUGACAAGCUCAGUCCAGAGUUCAUAGGCAAACUCAAUCAGUUCGCGUGCAAUGUGGACAGUUUGCCAAAGACUGCCAUCAUUGAUCUUCACAAGUGUUUCACAGCCAUGUCGAGCGCUCCAUCCCAUGACGGGUUGCUCAAAUCAUUCGACAAAGCAAUUGGCAUGUCAUGGGCAUUCAUCGGCCCACUCUUUGACAGCAAGUUCGUCACACUGUUGUCCCGUAUCUUGGAUCUGCAUCCCAGGAACAAGACAUUGUUUGAUUGGUUCUUGGUCCACUUCACAGCAACACAUCGAUUCCAUCUUGACCAUGACAACGUCAUUGAUGCCGUGGCCUCGUUCACAAAUUGUCGUUCCAACUCAAGAGUGGACGUCGCAACCUACAAUUGGCUAUUGAUUCACUCAACAAACAAGGCCGACUCAGACAUUUCCAGGCCGCAGUUCUCGACCUACUACCCCCGCGCCAACGAUCACAUCGAGUACCUGGUCCGACACGCCGUCAAAGACAGUCAUCUCGUCACAUGCCAGACAGUCCUGGCCACGUCCGCCUCACACAACGCCAGACAUGUGCAGAAUGAUUGUUUGUGCUCUGCACUCAUACUUGAUGUGUUUGCUCGCAUGAGCCUGCUGGAAUUCAACCACACGCAUCCAUCAUUCAUCGUUCAGCUACUGGCCAGCCUUCGACGUCUCCUCGCAAUGGACCCAAUCCACGAACUACCAACAAGUUGCAAGACAUCAUUGAUCAAGUACCUGAACACUCUGUUGUUGGACGACUACCAAGAUAUAUUGAUUAAUGGUGACAUGGAGGCAGCUGGCCACAUUGAUCAGAUCAUCUCACUCACUCCAUCACUUUGUAGAGUAAUCGGUCAUUUCUCUAUUCCAUCAUUCAUUCAAUCAAUGAUCACAGUCGAUCGCAAUAUGACCCUUACAGGCGCUCAAUCAAUCCAGGCCAUGCUCAGUUUGAUCCAACAGCUCCUGUCACCGUGGGCCAGAUCAAUACCCCGCACAACCAUCUGGAACAGUUCCAACAACUUUGACAGCAUCACCAAAUUGUUGUCCAGUCACCAGAGCAAGGAUAUUGAGGGCAAGCUCAAACAGAAAGAGUUCACCGAGUUCUGGAAUCGAUUCACCAACAUCGAUCACAACCAAUAUCCUCUUUCAAAACUGGAUAUGGACACGACCCACCGAAUCUAUCUCAAGAUUGUUCAGUUGCAGCAAUCGAUGGACAAAGAUCCUCAACAAACAUUGAUUGAUCGCCUUAAAGAGCUGGCGACAAAGGUGCCCAGACAUUCUCGCCCACUCAUUAAUGCGCCAGACAUCGCUGCUGAAAUGCUUGCCAGGCUGCGUUGGCUCAUUCUGUACCAGUUUGGCGUGUUCCCGUACUGCACCCAAGUGAUCUCAGUCAUUGACACUUCACUCAGCUCUGCACGUCUGGCCAUCACCAUGUCAACCGAUCACAGCUUCAUCUUCAAGCCACUCUCACUCUAUGCACACGCCCAUGUCACCAUCCCAGUGACCAACAAUCAUGUGAUCAAGGCAAGACAGGUGAUGGUGGAUGCUGCCCACAAGCUACCAUUCGAUGCCCAAGGUAUCAACCGAGCGAUUGAAUGGGCACAAGCAUUGAGUGAAGCAAAGGUCAAACAGUUGUUGAUACACGCACUCAAGUCAUUCGAGCUCAAGGAGGAUCAUGACUAUGCUGUGACAACACUUGUGGAGGACAGGGCAUCAGGCAAGAAGACGGUGGUCAUUGUGGACAAGGAGAACACUGGUCGACUAUUCUUUGGAUGCAGACAUUGUGGUGGCCUUCACGAGUUCCUAGAGGUCAAGCAUGAUCUCCCUGCCGCACGGGGCAGCCUCACGGCCACAGCUAUCUCUCAUCCAUCAUACUUUAAGCGAUAUGAAUGUCUCUUUGGUCUCACAGGCACGUGUGGUGACCAGUUCGAACGUAAUGAGCUCAGACAGGUUUACAACGUUGACAGCUUUAACGUGGUGAGCUACCGUCCUUCAGAGCGCGAAUCACUUCCGAUGCAGCUGUGCAACACUGUGACCGACUUCCAGAACGCAGUAUGCCAGGAGGUGCAGUUCUUUGCCGUGGCAAAGGGCAGACCCGUCCUCGUACUCCUGCCCACUAUCGAGGACAGCCAAAAAUUCAUACCAUUGCUCAGAGCUGGUGACAUACAUGCUCAGCUACUCAAUGAGUUCCAACAAGAGGACGAGGACUAUGUGGUUACCCAUGCUGGUGAGCCUGGUCGCGUAACAGUUGCGACCAACACAGCUGGUCGAGGAACAGACAUCAAGCUGACAGCAGAGUCACUAAAGGCAGGUGGAUUGCAUGUGAUCGUUGGAUUCUACCCAAGCAACAGUAGAGUGGAGAACCAAGGUGUUGGACGAGCAGGACGACAAGGACAGCCAGGAUCAUCCCGCAUCAUCUGUUUGGAGAGUGGACUCAAUAGAGAGACUAGAUCAUGCAAGGCUGUAUCAGAGGCAAGAGUGAAGAAACUGCUGGGUGAUCAAACUGAUGAUAUACUCAACAUGUUCUACGAGCUAAUGGACAAGAUACGAUCAACUUGUCGCAGCAACGAGUUUGAGACGAUCAUUCAAUAUAUGAUCGAUGGUAGUCACACAGCCAACAAGUACUCAAAGUGUCAAUGCACUCAUCAACUGUGGACAUCAUUUUGGAGUACAUGUUCAGUAUCAUUUGAUCCACAACAACAUCAUCAAUCUCCAGAUGUUAACAACAACAACAACAAAAACUCGGCAGCAACAACAAGCUACACAGCCAACGCAAGGAUGGCAAAGUUGAUCGCUGGAAGAGUGGAACAGAUGGUUAUCCAGAACAUUCAAGAGGAAUGGGCACAAGUCUUCACAGAGAUGUCGGAGGUUGGAGUUCGCCACAGCCUCAAGCGUCACUCAUCUUUGGAUGCACCAAUUGGUUCAAUGUGA